UCACCCCCCAGAGGAAUCUUAAUCCCACGUCCGACCUUCUAAGCUUUAUCAGUCCUGGCACCUUUCAUACCGAACAUCUACCUUCAGAGCCAGGAUGGAGAUGUUCAUGCUCUGGAGAGGAUUCUCAUCCCUGCUUGGUCUCUUUCCACUCUGCUGGGCACAGAGUCUUGUCCAGCUGAAUGUAGGACUGCAGGUGGAGGUGGUGAUGAACGAGCCCGUGACACAAAGAGUGGGCGUUUUCACUCCCCAGGUUUUCGACUGCCACUUCUUGCCAGAUGAAGUUAAAUACACCCAUAAUGGCAGCCCACUGCUGCAGGAGGACACGGUCAUGCUGAGAGUCUAUAGCUUCACAGAUUCCGAGACUUUCAUAGAACCUGUGUCAGUGAGCGUCAGGGUGGUUGAGCCCCACGACAGUCUUAUCAAGUUUGGGAGCGUACCUCUGGAGGUUCAAACGUUCUACGGCCUGUCCAACACCUUGGACAGCAGAGUUCUAACAUUCCAGAACAGACCGGGAUAUAUUUGUAACGUCAGACUCCUCACUUCCGAAACUAACAUGCCGGCACUUGGGCAACUGGUCACGGAUGAGUCCGUCGGCACAGUCCCAGUGACGCAUAUGGAGAACACGCCUCCAUCCAACUCAGGGCCCAGAAGAGGCCGGCAGACAGGACUCCUAUGCCCAGGAAAUAAGCCCUGUAGCCACAAUGCUAAGGAAGUCAAUUUCCUGAAGGUCAACUGUGAGGAAUUUCUUAAUUCUGACUUCAAGUACCAGCACCGCAGCCCUCCGUCCCCCGAGACUGACUACAUUCCUCUCAGGGUUGAGCUACGGGACCACAACUCAAGGGCUCUUUUGGAGGCUGAGAGUGUUUGGAUCCCAGUCCUGAUCCGGGGCGCCUUACAAAACCAGCCUCCCCACGCCGCGUUCAUGUCCAUGUUCAUCCUGGAGGUGGACCAGUUCAUCCUCACCCCCAUGACCACGGCCGCGCUCGACGCCAAGGACGACGAGACCCCACAAGCGCAGCUUGUUUUCAACGUGACCAGACCUCCAUCUGAGGGAUACAUCACGCACUUAGAGGACCACACCAAAGCGAUCGCCUCCUUCACCUGGCAGGAUCUCCACGAGAUGAAGAUCGCCUACCAGCCCCCUAACUGCAGUCACACUGGCAGAAGGAACUAUGAGGUAGAAUUCCAAGCCAUCGACAGUUCAUUUGUCCCUAGUCCUGCCAUCAUGGUUCACUUCUCAGUUCGGACGGCAGAGACAAAUGCCCCUCGUGUCUCCUGGAAUAUGGGCCUGGAUCUGCUGGAGGGCCAAUCCAGACCAAUCACCUGGGAGAAUUUGCAAAUCGUGGACAGUGACGACAUCAGGGCGGUGUACCUGGUGGCUGUGGAAGGCCCUUUACAUGGACAAUUAAGCGUUCGAGGUGGGAAAGGCUUUAUGUUCAAGGUGCAUGACCUGCACGAGGGCGUGGUUAUGUACCAUCACUCGGACAGCGAUACCACCCGCGACCACAUCGUGUUCCGCAUCACCGAUGGCCAGCACAGCAUCCGGCACCGAUUCCCCAUCAACAUCCUCCCCAAGGAUGACACGCCCCCGAUCCUGAUCAACAACAUGGCUCUCGAGGUGCCCGAGGGGGGCUCGCUCCUGCUGGAGGAAUACAUGCUGCUGGCUUCAGAUCUGGACUCCAGUGAUGACUACAUCCUGUACCAGAUACUUACAGCCCCGCGGGCAGGCGAGGUCAUCAAGAGGUCAUCUCCCCAGCUCCCAGGAGUGCCGGUGACUAGCUUCCUGCAGAGGGACCUUCUCCUUGGCCUGAUCUACUACAGACACCUAGGAGACGAGCUCUUUGAAGACUCCUUUGACUUCAUCCUCUCCGACAGCCACCAGCCACCAAACUUAUCCCAGAGACAUACGGUGGUGGUUCACGUCUCUCCAGUGAAGGACCAGCUGCCGCACGAGGUGCCCGGCGCCGUUCGCUCGCUCACGGUCAAGGAGACCGAGGUCAUCCACCUCACUCAGAGCCACCUGCACUUCAGAGACCCAGAAUCCCCCGACACAGACCUGACCUACUCCAUCACCCGGCCCUGCUUCAGGCCCACAGCUGCCUGGUUAGCAGAUGCUGGCAGGCUUUUCUAUGCUGACAGUGCUCUCUCCAUGAAGAAGGAACCUGCUUCUCCAGUACUGAAGACUUUCACUCAGCAUGCAGUGAACCACCUGAAGGUGGGGUACAUGCCUCCACUUGAAGACAUUGGACCAGACCCCAUCUUUGUGCAGUUUGUUUUCUCUGUGAGUGACCAGCAGGGCGGCGCACUCAGCGACCUUGUCUUCAAUAUCACAGUUAUGCCAGUGGACAAUCAGCCUCCUGAGAUAUUUGUCAACCUCCUACGACUCGAGGAGGGAGGAGGCGUAUUUCUAACAGAGGAGCACAUCCUGGUGCGGGACACGGACAGCCGAGGGGAUCAGCUCUUGGUGCGGCUGCGGACGGUGCCUGAGCACGGAAGGGUUGAGCUGCAGGGGGUACCACUGACAGCGGGGGACAGCUUCACCAUGCAGGACCUGCGGAUGCUCCGGGUCAGGUACAUCCAUGACGACAGCGAGACCCUGGAAGAUGCCAUCAGCUUCAUGGCGACAGAUGGCACCAACUCCGCUGACGGCCGGCUGCCCGUGCAGAUCCUUCCAGUAAAUGACCAGCCACCCCUGCUUGGCUUGGGGCUGCAUUCGGGGCUGACCUGUGAGGAGGGGGGACGCGUGCAAAUCACCGGCGAGAACCUUUUCGCCACGGACGCGGACGGCGACGACGGGCGUCUGACCUACAUGCUGGCCCGUGAACCCGCUCUGGGUGAGCUCCAGAGGGCCGGCGUCACGGUGGACAAGUUCUCGCAGCAGGACGUCCUCCAGGAACUGAUCUUCUAUGUGCACACAGGAGGUGAGAUCGGACCCCAUCCCGUGUCCGACCCCGUCACCUUAAUCGUGUCGGACGGAGAGGCUGGAGCUCCGGAGGGCUGUUGCCAUGGAGAUGCACCACCUGUCCCCCUGCACGGAUUCCUUCCUGUAUAUGACCUUAACAUCACCGUCCUACCUGUCAACAACCAGGCCCCUGUCAUAACAAUUGGGCACAUGUUUAUGGUGGAUGAGGGGUCCAUCGCCUGCCUCUGCGGCGGCUUCCUGGGAGCCACCGACGCUGAUACCCCCCAAGACGAACUCCUGUUUUCCCUCGAUCUCCCCCCAGAACAUGGCUUCAUAGAAAACACCUUGCCCUCACCCGGAUUCGAGAAGAGCAACGCGGGGCUCGGAGUGGUCUCUUUCAGCUUUCUGCACCUCAACGCCGGGUACAUUAACUACGUUCAGGCUCGGCACCGGGGGGUGGAGGCCACGGUGGACCGAUUCGUGGUCAAAGUCAGCGACGGGGUGCAGAAGUCAGUCCCCGUCCCCUUCUAUGUCAUCAUCAAUCCCACGAAUGACGAGGAGCCCUCUCUGUUGCUCGGCAACUUUUCAGUGGCAGAGGGAGGGAUGAAGGAUCUCGGCCCGGACCUUUUGGACGCGGUGGACCUGGACGUACCUGCAGACACCCUAACCUUCUCGGUCCUAGUGCCCCCGGCCCACGGGAUGCUGCUGAACGGGAUCUAUGGCUUGCAGAUGGGCCGGUACCUGGAGAUGGAGCACGGCCUCCUCCAGCGUACCCUGCUCGUGAAGUCCUUCACUAUUCAGCAGCUUCGGCAAGGAAUGAAGAUCAUAUACAUGCACGAUGACACAGAAACCUUCAAGGACGCUUUCAGCAUGCAGCUGACAGAUGGCAUACGCGCGGUCCAGGGGACGGCACACGUCCGCGUCCUACCAGUCAAUGAUGAAAAGCCAUGGCUGCGGAGAAAUGCUGGUCUGGAGCUGGUGGCCAUGGAGAGGAGAGUUAUCUCCAGUGUGCUGUUGGAGAUGGAAGAUGCAGACACCCCAACCCAUGAGCUGUUCUACAUCCUCAGCGCCAUCCCCCGAUUCGGGCAGCUGCAGUUGAAGGUUGGGGCAGGCUGGACUGAUCUGAGGUCAGGUCAGAACUUCAGCCAGGAGGAUGUGGAGAUGAACCGCCUGUGGUACCAGCAGACUGCCAAGCAGGGGCUCAAAGGACACGAUGGCUUCCGCUUCCACCUAAGCGACGGCCACCACCUGUCAGCACCACAUAGCUUUGUGAUCUCGCUGCAGGCCGUGCCCAGAGGGGACCUCACCCUCAUCACCAGGCCAGUGACCCUGACGGAAGGCGAAAGAGCUGUCCUGACGACAGACGUCCUGCUGGCGGCCGACGGCGUGGACCGAGCGGAGGAGCUGCUGUAUAUAGUGUUAGUGCGUCCGGAGCACGGGCAGCUGCACGCGGUCCAAAACCCGGGAGUCCCCCUCGACACCUUCUCCCAGCUGGACGUGGCUGCCCUGCGGGUGUGCUACACCCACGACAACAGCCGCAUGGCCUCACAGGAUGUGUUCAGCUUUGUCAUCAGCAACGGAGUGGCGUCCAAAAAUGGGACUUUACUCUUCCUCAUCCGACAUAGCGACCGCAUCCCACCUACGCUGACCAACAAUAAAGGCCUCCAGCUGACAGAGGGCGCUGUGGUGCCAAUCUCCUCAGAUGCCCUAGAGCUGACCGACCCUGACACGGCAGCAGAGAACCUGACCUACACUCUGACCCAGCAGCCCCAACACGGGAAGCUGCUCCUAAGAGGACACCCCCUUCCCCAGUCAAGGUUUACCCAGGCUGACAUUAACAACUGGGACCUGACCUACCAGCAUCAGAGUGGCCCAGCCCAGGCAGAUACGUUCUCCUUCCUGCCCUCCGAUGGCACCAACAUGGGGUUCCUGCAGCAUGGCCAGCUGAGUGAGGAGGCCGUUACCUUCACCAUUCAGGUGGAGUUUGUGGACAGGGAGCCUCCAGGACUGGUGACCAAGAGGAUCGCCAGUGUAGUGGAGAACUUUCCUGGAGGUAAACAGGGCAUCUACAUCACGUCCCGAGACUUGCGGGCCUCUGACCCCGACAGCCCCGAUCAGGAGCUGCAGUUCACCAUCCUGAGACCCCCCUACUUUGGGCACUUGGAGAACACCCUCACAGGGGGCUACAUCAAAGGUCGCUUUACGCAGCAAGAUCUGAACCAACGGGCUGUGCUGUAUGUCAUCUGGCCCAGCAUCCAAGGGACUGAGGACAGCUUUCAGUUCCAAGUCAGUGACCCUGCAGGAAACUCCAUGCCUCCGGAAGUACUGGAGGUGAAAUGGUCUCGAGUGGAGUUUUCGGUGACGUGUUUCCGCGUGUGUGAGAACGUGGGGAUGCUGGCCUUGCAGGUGACGCGCAGUGGGAACAGCGUAGACCCCGCCUACGUUGGCAUCCAGGUGGAAAAUGGAACCGCAAAAGUAGGGAAAGAUUUUACCCACAGCUCAGCUAAUUUGAUCCAGUUUGAUCCAGGGGUGAAUGUGAAGACGUGGAACAUUUAUAUUAAAGAUGAUGGGUUAGAAGAAACCAAUGAGAAAUUUCAGGUGGUCCUGAAAGGGCAGAAGAACACGGUUCUGGGCCAGAAAAACAGAACCACCAUAGAGAUUGUGGACCCCAGAGGAGGGUACUGUGACCCACAUGAGCUGCUUCCCAAUGAUGGAGAGGGGCAGCCGGCCCCCUCAGCUCCCCCCAGCCUCCACAGCGGUCCCUCGCAGCUUGUGGACCCGCUGACCCCGGACCCAGACGCAGACCACUGGGAAAACUACCGUCCCCGGGGGGACGUUCCGAACAAGCAUGGCUUCCUGGAGGGGGGGGAGACGCCGCAGGACCAGCCUGUGAGGAGGCCCCAGACGGCCCUGGGCAGACGUGGUCACGUCGUUCAUCCAUCAGGCGUUGAGCUGAGGAACGGAGAGAGAAUAUGGACAUUCCACGGCAUCAAUCCUGCAAGGCCGGAGGAGAGAAACCUGGGAGUCCAGUCAGCACCUCAGGUCCACCCCGAACUGGAGAUCAUGCCUAUCUGGAGCUGGCCCGGCCAUCAUCACAGGGACGAAGGGAGUGAGACUGCUGGGGGGGACCAGUUCCCCCCUAGAACCCACCUAGAACGGCUCACGAAAAAGACUGAGGACUUCCCAGCUGACACGUGUCCGUCGGGCUGGACGGCCCGAGAGAGCCGCUGUUUCAUCCUGAGUCACAGCAGGACCACCGGGAGCAGCGCACAGCACACCUGCACUUUGCUGUUUAACAGCAACUUAACAAGUGUCCACUCCAAACGAGAUAUGGCCUGGCUAUGGAAAUUUGCCGGAAAGCAGCCAUUUUGGAUUGGACUGACUGGCUACAGGGGACAGUGGACCUGGACUGAUGGGCACUCGCUGACAUUUUCCAGACUCAAGAAGCAAAGCAGCACAGAAUUUCACUCCCAGGACAGGCUGGGCCUUCAGUGUGUGUUGGUCCAGAACCAGAAGAAAUGGACUCCAAAGAACUGCACGACAGGACCAGAAUAUAAAUAUAUCUGCACAGUACCAACCCAAAAUGUUCCACAACAAUAGCACAGAAAUGUUUAAAAGUAGCAUGCAAGAAGUCAUAUCUAGUGCAAGAAAUAUGUCCAUGAACAAUCAGUUAAGACUUUUUUAACGAAUCAGUUAUGGGAUUUGUUUUUUAUAAUCACUCUGAGGGACAACCGCUGAAAUAUACAGUAAGCAGAAUAACAGUCUGUUAUAUAUAUAAUUUAUACAGGUUUGGUUAUUUCCUCUAGGAAGACUUUUUAGUGGUAGGCCUCAGAAUGCACUGUAUGUACACUUUUCUGUGAAGAGAGUCUGCUCUGAUUUAGAAGCUGAAGUUUACUUGGUCCCAAACUACAUAGAAUGUUUUAUGUAUGAUCUGUAUUCUCUUGCCAACAUAUUUAUACAUAUAGUUUUGUUAAUUAUGUACAUUUGUUGUUUGUUUGAAUGGGAUUUCACAACCCCUUUAAUAAAUUUGUGUAGUCCAGACUUUUAAA